CAACCGUUUCUCUUCACUCACUACACCUCAAAAACCACACUUGACUUCCUUUUUCCCCUUCCUCACUCCUACUAUCACUCUCUCACACAUUACUGACAAUGGCUAAACACCCGCCCUACCACCACCACCACCGCUACUUCUUCCACAUCCUCCUCCUCUUCUCCACCCUCCUUCACCACACUACCGCCACCUCCAACCACCCCGACACACAAUCCUUACUCGCCUUCAAAUCCUCUGCUGAGUCCUCCAAUUCUCUCUCCUCCUGGAACACCACCACUAGUCCGUGCUCCUGGUAUGGCGUCUCUUGCCUUCAAAAUCGAGUCUCCAAGCUCGUUCUUGAAGACCUCAACCUCCAAGGGAACUUCCCACCUUCCUUACUCUCUCUCUCACACCUUCGCGUCCUUUCUCUUAAGCACAACCGCUUCUCGGGUCCACUCCCACCUGACCUCUCUUCCCUCUCCUCUCUCAAACUCCUCUUCCUCUCUUACAACAACUUCUCCGGCAACUUCCCCGCGUCAAUCACCUCUGUAUUCCACCUCUACCGCCUUGAUCUCUCCCAUAAUAGUUUCUCCGGCUUAAUCCCGCAGAAUGUCAACCGUUUGAACCACCUUCUGACGCUUCAGUUGGAGGACAACGCAUUUACCGGCGGAAUUUUUGGGUUAAAUCUUCCCAAUAUUCAAGAAUUUAACGUUUCUGGAAACAAAUUAGGUGGUGAAAUACCAAAAUCUCUCUCAUCCUUUCCAGAUUCUGCAUUUUCCGGCAAUGUAGCACUCUGUGGCCUUCCAUUGAUGAGCUGCAAAGAGGCUUCCGACGACCCCGCGAAACCCGGAAACGACGCUGGACAACCGCCGGUGGGACCCACAACCUCCGUCGUCUCAUCCUCCCCUGUAUCCACUGUCCCGUCAAGGAUUUAUCCGGCGGCGAAAAAGGCGGGGCAUAGUCGCGGGAAGAUGAGUAUGUGGGCAAUUACCGCGAUAAUCGUCGGUGAUAUUUUGGUUUUAACGGCGAUAAGUUUACUCCUAUACUGCUAUUUCUGGAGGAAUAAUAAAAGGAGUAGUUCAGGGGCAAUUUCGGGAGGAGAGAAGAUAGUGUACUCGUCGAGUCCGUACCCGAGCGGACUCACCGGGUUGGAACGGCCAGGGAGGAUGGUGUUCUUUGAAGGCGGGAAGAAGUUUGAGCUUGAAGAUUUGUUGAGAGCAUCUGCGGAGAUGCUAGGGAAAGGGGUGUUCGGGACGGCGUAUAAGGCGAUGUUAGACGACGGUAGCGUGGUGGCGGUGAAGAGAUUGAAGGAGACGCAGGUGGGUGGAAAGAAAGAGUUUGAGCAACAAAUGGAAGUUUUAGGGAGGUUGAGACACCCUAAUUUGGUGAGUUUGAAGGCUUAUUAUUUUGCUAGGGAUGAAAAGUUAUUGGUGUUUGAUUACUUGCCCAAUGGCAGCUUGUUCUGGCUUCUCCACGGGAACAGAGGACCUGGACGAACCCCAUUAGACUGGACAACACGAUUAAAAAUAGCUGCAGGAGCAGCGAGAGGAGUUGCAUUCAUCCAUAACUCAUGCAAAGCCCUCAAACUCAUCCAUGGCGACAUCAAAUCGACAAAUAUCCUCAUUGAUAAAGCUGGUGAUGCGUGUGUGUCUGACUUUGGCCUCUCUUGCUUCACCCCAGCUUCAUCCAUCAAUCUAAAAUCCAACGGCUACCGAGCUCCUGAAUCACUUGAUGGUCGCAGGCUCAACCAAAAGGCUGACGUCUACUCAUUUGGAGUCUUACUGCUGGAGCUUCUAACAGGAAAAUAUCCAUCAGUUGUGGAGGGAAGUGGACCUUAUGGCACAGUAGGAGUUGGUGGUGUGGUGGAUCUUCCUAGAUGGGUUCAGUCAGUAGUAAGGGAAGAAUGGACAGCUGAGGUUUUCGAUCUGGAGUUAAUGAGGUAUAAGGACAUCGAAGAGGAGAUGGUGGGCUUGUUGCAGAUAGCUAUGGCUUGUACCACUGCCUCUCCUGACCAGCGGCCUAGAAUGGGGCAAGUAGUCAAAAUGAUAGAGGAGUUACGUGGUAUUGAAGUAUCGCCAUCACAUGAUAACUUCGACUCUGACUCACCUUCUGUCUCUGAGGAUACAGGCGGUAACAGUCAAUGAUGUGUAGUGUAAAGCCACUUUGACUUUUGACUUUUGACUGUUGUAUCUUGAGUGAUGUAAAUUAGGUUUAACCAUUAAUAUGCCUGUUUCACUUCCAUUUGAAUUUGAUUCUAUAGAAAUGAUCUUGUCUGA